AUGUCUAUUCGAAGACGUACAAAGAAAUUGGAUAUUUCAAUGCCAACUAAUUUUGAGCACCGUUAUCAUGCAGGAUUUGAUCCGGUUACUGGCCAGUAUCAUGGUUUACCGAAGCAGUGGCAAGCAAUAAUAGGUAUAACUCCAAAUAGACGUGGUCGUCCACGACCGAUGGUUGAUCCCAGUUGUAUAACACCGAUGGAAAUAGCAGAAAUUAAGACAGUUGUUCGUGGAGAUGUGCCACAGUCGUGUCAUAAAGAAAUCAAUUUCGGUGGUAUGCCAAUGAGUAGUAAAUUACGAAAAGAUCAUAAUAAUUUGCAAGAUGAUGUGCGGAAUGAUUUCACACGGACGUUACCUAUCUCAGAUGCAUGGACAAGUCUUCACCACCCUAUGCAACCAAGGCGUCACGCUCAGCAGCAUUUAUCUGUUAAUUUUCAAAGACCUAAUCCAGUAGAAAUGAAUUUACCUCGAACCUCAACAUGCCACAAUGCAAUGUUUUAUGUUGCUUUUUGCAUUGAAGGCUUACUACAGUCUGUGCAUUUGAAACAGAACUCUUCGUAUUCUACACAGUAUGAUCUGGCAAAUGCCGUCGAAGUAUAUCCGGAAAAUUAUGCUUUAUUGCAGCAGUCGAAUCUCCUCUACAGUAGUGGACUACAAGUUGAAAUGAAUCCUCGGCCAUCGACAUUAACACAUAAUGAAGCGUCAGCAUAUAGGCCUAAUAAUUCAACGAUGCAUAAUAAUAUACGGCAGAAACGAGAUCACUCUCAUAAUCGAUUAUCUCAUGAUGAGUUCCGUGCUGCACUGAAGUUGGUUGUAUUGCCAGGAGAUCCUCGAGCGGACUUGACAAAUUAUACACAAAUUGGUGAAGGCUCUACCGGUACUGUAGUAACUGCACAUCAAAUAUCAACUGGAAGGAAAAUUGCUAUAAAAAAGAUGAAUAUUUUGAAACAGCAGCGAAGAGAGUUGUUAUUUAAUGAGGUUUUAAUUAUGCGUGAUUACGAGCAUCCUAACGUUGUUGAAAUGUAUGGUUCCUAUUUGGUAGGUGAUGAAUUGUGGGUACUGAUGGAAUAUAUGGAAGGCGGUGCACUAACUGACAUUAUUACCCAGAUGAGAAUCGAUGAACCAGCAAUAGCAACCAUUUGUGUGCAAUGCUUGAAAGCGCUAGAAUAUUUACACUCCAAAGGCGUCGUACAUCGUGAUAUUAAAAGUGAUUCAAUAUUACUCACAAAAGACGGUGUGGCAAAGAUUUCUGAUUUUGGUUUCUGUGGUCAGUUAUCGGUUGAUAUACCACAGCGGCGUAGCCUUGUUGGAACGCCAUAUUGGAUGUCACCGGAGGUAAUAAGUAGGUUGCCAUACGGUACUGAAGCUGACAUUUGGUCAUUAGGCAUAAUGGUCAUCGAAAUGGUACAGGGAGAACCGCCACUUUUUAAUGUUCAACCUUUACAAGCAAUGAAAAUGAUUCGUGAUAAUGGACCGCCAAAAAUUAAUGAACCUGUGAACGUUUCACCUGAAUUAGCUUCAUUUAUUUCGCAAAUGUUGGUUCGUGAUGUGAAACAGCGUGCUACAGCAUCCCAACUAUUAAAUCAUGAAUUCUUGAAGAAAGCUUGCGAUCCAUCAGUAAUAUGUUCAAUGAUGAAUAUCACUAGAAAUCUCGAAACUGUAUAG